UAAAGUAAUAUUUUAUAAAAUAUCCCCAAAAUUCACAAAUAUUUAUACGAGGUAGGUUCUGGAAGAGAAGUUAUAAUGUUGAAACCGUCGAGGAGUCUGUAUAAAUUGUGCUCAGUCAUGCUCUCUUCUCACACGCCUAAUCGCCGGAUAGCCUCGGAAGCUGCAACGAAAAGAGCACGAACAAUGACAACUGAUUCAUCAUCUCCAAACCCAAUUGAAGCUGCUUUCUCGGGUUAUGCUGACUACCUCAAUCAACUGAAUGACAAAAGGGAAAGGGUGGUGAAAGCAAGUCGGGAUAUUACCAUUAAUAGCAAAAAGGUCAUAUUUGAGGUGCACAGGAUCAGUAAACACAACAAAGAGAAAGUUUUGGAGAAGGCAAACAAGAAUCUAGCUGCUGUGGUAGAUCAGCACAUCUCCCGAUUAGUAAAAGAACUCAACGGAACUGAUUUUUGGAAACUAAGACGAGCAUAUUCUCCAGGGAUACAAGAAUACGUUGAGGCUGCCACAUUUUAUAACUUCUGCAGAACUGGGAGCCUAUUAACACUUGACGAGAUGAAUGCUGCAUUAUUACCGUUGAGUGAUCCAUUUUCGAAGCCACUGAAGAUUAAUGUCCUUGAUUAUCUGCUGGGGCUUGCUGACUUAACAGGAGAGCUAAUGAGGUUGGCAAUAGUUCGACUUUCCGAUGGUGAACUUGAGUUUGCUGGGAAGAUAUGCAGGUUUGCUCAAGAGAUUCACAGACAUAUGACUGUUCUUGCCCCAAACAUGGACGGCGAUACAGACAUGACAUUCAAGAUGGAUACAAUGCUUCAAAGUGUAAUGAAAAUAGAAAAUGCCUGUUACACCGUUCAUGUUAGAGGGUCAGAGAAUAUCCCUCUCCUUGGAAGCAUGGAUCCCAGCUACCCGAUGAUGUUGCCUGACCUUGAGUGAUGAUAUAAACUCUGUAGAUUUCCCUUUGCUGAAAUUUGUAAGUUAAUUGGAGCCUGAUAGUUGGCUCCUUCUAAGCAGGGAAAUUAAAAGUUGCUGUUUACUUUUUUCUUCAGACUGUUUUUUGGGUAGAAGAUGAAGCAUGCAAGGUUUCUGAUAGCUAAAACUUGAGACGGAAUUAUUAUAUUAGGAUAUUAUAUGAGAAGAUUUAUGUUGU